GUCGUCGUCGUCGUCGUCGUCGUCGUUGUUGUCAUUGUCGACGUCAGCAACGACGUUGCUUCUUCUGAACGAUCAGCGUACGUUGAUAUAAAAAACGACAGUAUUGCGAACGGCAGUAGUUCUGCCUUGUCGCGUGAACGUGGUGGUGGCGGUCCCACGAGAUUGCACCCCCGCUAAAAACCCUUCACUACGCGGCAUUGUGUUCUAUGUGUGUUAUUUAACUGAUAGUGAACGCGAACUCUUAUGGUGAUGUUGUCUUUUGCGUUGCUAAAUAGUGGGAUCGUCGACGGAGACGGAGCGCGAUCGCUUUUCGGUGUUCGAUAGCGGAUAUGCGACUACCCGAUUGCGAGGUGUCAACCGCAAGCCGCUCGAGUAGUUCAGCUUCCACGGCCAAAAUGAACUUACGGUGGACUCUGCCGUGGAUGUGGUGCUUCUUAAUAACGAGCGAAUGUUACAACAUAAAAAAUACUGGCGAAGAUGGCUCGAAGUUGAUACGCAUCGGUGGCGACAUUAUUCUCGGUGGGAUCUUUCCAAUGCACGAACAGGUCGCAGGUCAACUACCAUGUGGAGCCGUAAAAGAAGAAAAGGGCAUGCAACGAUUGGAAGCCAUGUUGUACGUCCUGGACGAAAUUAAUGCUGAUAUAGAACUCCUGCCGAACACAACAUUGGGUGCUCUUAUCAUCGAUUCUUGCAGCAGCGACACUUACGCUCUGGAUCAAAGCAUGGAAUUCGUCAGGUCAUAUAUGAAUCAGGACAUAUCGGAGUACAAGUGCGAAAAUGGAAAAACGCCCACUUAUGUUCCUCAUAAGCCGGUGACUGGUGUGAUAGGCGCCGCAUUCAGCGUGGUCUCUAUUAUGGUCGCCAACAUCUUGCGGCUCUUCAAGAUACCACAAGUGAGUUACGCCUCCACCAGCACGGAACUCUCGGACAAAAGCAGAUUCGAGUAUUUCAGCAGGGUGGUGCCGCCGGAUAAUUUUCAGGCGCAGGCGAUUGUCGAAGUGAUUCAGCUGCUCGGAUGGAAAUAUGUUUCCACGGUCGCCGUGGAAGGUGAAUAUGGCGAAAAGGGCAUCGCCAGUUUCAUUGCCCUCUCGGCGAGAUACAACAUCUGUGUCGCUAUCAGCGAGAAGAUUCUGAGGAACGCGAGGACCGAGGACUUUGAUAAAAUAAUCGAACGACUGAGCUCGAAGCACAGCGCCAGAGGAGUCAUAAUAUUUGUCGACGAGGAUAACAUAAGGAAGCUGCUUCAGGCAACAGUAAGGGCCAAUCGCACGGGUCAUUUCAUGUGGGUGGGUAGCGAUUCAUGGGGCGCCAAAGUUCAUCCCGUCCGGGAUCAGGAGUUCGCGGCGGAAGGUGCUAUUACCAUUCUGCCCUAUAGGAACGCUCUUAAAGGCUUUGAUGAUUACUAUUUGAGCUUGCGACCGAGAAUAGGCGACGAAUGCGGCGGGCAGACAGAGAGCAAUGUCCCACAUAAGUCGUUGGCGGGGAAAAUAGUGAAUUGCCGGAAUAUCUGGUUCCGAGAGUUCUGGUCGCAGCAUCACAAGUGUACUUUCAGCGUGAACGCAUCGAGCGAUGCGACGCGCUGCACCGGCUUGGAAAAUCUCGUCGAUUACGAACAAGAGGGUCUGGUGCCUUUUGUCGUGGAUGCGGUUUACGCUAUGGCACACGGUGUUCAUAACGUUAUCGAGGAGGAAUGCGUAAAUAAUUUGGGCACGCCGCACUAUUUGUGUAAAACACUUGAACCAGCACCAGACGGUCCGCGACUUCUUCAACACAUUCGCAAUGUCACUUUCAUCGGUCGCCAAAACACAGAGAUUAAGUUUAACUCCGACGGGGACGCCUACGGAUUUUACAACAUCUAUCAAUAUCAAAGGAAGGACGAGGGCCGUUUCGAUUACACCCUCAUCGGCACGUGGAGGGAAGAGCUCUUUCUGGACAUCAAUAUGACGCGAUGGGCGACCGGAGUCGGCGAGCUUCACAUUCCACGUAGUAUAUGCAGCGAUAACUGCCCGAUGGGACACGUCCGCAAUUUUCUGGAACCCUGCUGUUGGAGCUGCGUCGCCUGUCGGGAGGACGCCUACGUUUACAACGACACGUGCAAAAAUUGCAAUCCCGGAUAUGCACCAAAUCCCACGAUGACAGGUUGCGUUAAACUCACCGCCGAGGUUAUACCCUGGACAAGUCCCUGGGCGCUGGUGCCGCUGAUAUUUGCAUCUAUCGGGAUCCUCAGCACCCUCUUCACCACCGUCGUUUUCAUACGAUUCAAUCGCACUCCGGUUAUCAUGGCAUCUGGGCGCGAGUUAUGCUACGUUCUGUUGGUGGGCAUUCUCUCGUGUUACGGCAUGAGCUUCGUCAUACUGAGCAAACCGACCACCUGGAAUUGCACAUACCUCAGGAUCGGCCUCGGUCUUUGUCUCAGUAUAUGCUACAGUGCGAUCCUCACGAAAACCAAUCGUAUAUCACGGAUAUUCAACCAGGGCACGAAGAAGAUCAAGAGGCUCUCCUACACAUCGCCCAAGAGCCAAGUGGUAAUCGCUAUCGGGAUCACCGCAGUGCAACUCAUCGGCACUAUCGUAUGGCUGAUAAUCGAGCCACCGAACACCACGGAGAUCCAUCCGUAUCCAUUGUCCGCGGUUCUUACGUGCCGCGUGUCCACGUUCUCGCUGAUGAUGUCCCUCGUCUAUAACAUGUUCCUGAUCCUGAUGUGCACCCUCUACGCGUUCAAGACCCGCAAGAUCCCCGAGGACUUCAACGAGGCCAAGUACAUCGGCUUCACCAUGUACUCCACGUGCAUCGUCUGGCUGGCCUUCGUGCCCAUCUACUUCGGCACCAACAACGACUAUAAGUCGAGCGGACGGCUGCCUACGUUGCAGGUUCAGAUCGCGAGCAUGUGCAUGUGCAUCAACAUCUCCGCCUCGGUCGCCCUCGGCUGCCUCUUCACGCCCAAGGUCUACCUGGUGCUGUUCCAGCCCUACAAGAAUGUCCGUCCUGGCCAUCCUAAUACGGGCGGCCUGCAGAGCGGCAACCGGGCGGCGUACAGCAUGCGCUUCGCCGGCGGACGUAGCCAGACGAUGCAAAGCGUGACCUCGGGCUCGCGCAGCAGCCCCCCGAUGUCCCGCGGGGGCGCGGGACGUGCGGACGAGCGGAAGCACGCGAACGGUGAGACCCAGGCGCUGGCGAGUCCGUCGGUCGAGGAGACCUCCGUUAGCUAGGUCGCUCUCAUACACCUCCCUCCCUGUCCAGAGCAUCGGGCGAGGAUGCGCGAAACCGAGGCGGAGGUGUAUGUCAACGGCGACGACA